CCUACGGAUAAUAAAUUUGCUACCUGUUCAGAUGACGGCACAGUUAGAAUUUGGGAUUUUCUUCGUUGCCAUGAGGAGAGAAUACUGCGAGGACACGGAGCUGAUGUGAAAUGCGUUGACUGGCAUCCAACCAAAGGACUUCUGGUGUCUGGAAGUAAAGAUAGCCAACAGCCUAUCAAAUUUUGGGAUCCCAAGAAUGGACAGAGUCUUGCUACACUACAUGCUCACAAGAAUACUGUAAUGGAGGUUAAGUGGAAUUUGAAUGGAAACUGGUUACUUACAGCAUCGCGUGAUCAUCUUUGCAAACUGUUUGAUAUUCGCAACCUUCGUGAAGAACUGCAAGUGUUCAGAGGCCACAAAAAAGAAGCUACAGCUGUGGCCUGGCAUCCAGUACAUGAAGGUCUUUUUGCCAGUGGUGGCUCUGAUGGUUCUCUUUUGUUCUGGCAUGUUGGGGUGGAGAAAGAAGUGGGUGGUAUGGAGAUAGCUCAUGAAGGAAUGAUAUGGAGUCUUGCUUGGCACCCUCUUGGACAUAUUCUGUGCUCUGGAUCCAAUGAUCACACCAGCAAAUUCUGGACUAGAAAUCGUCCUGGGGACAAAAUGAGAGACCGUUACAAUCUGAACCUUCUCCCUGGCAUGUCAGAGGAUGGUGUGGAAUAUGAUGAUGUUGAGCCAAACAAUCUUGCAAUUAUUCCCGGAAUGGGUAUUCCAGAGCAACUGAAAAUAGCAAUGGAACAAGAACAGAUGGGGAAAGAAGAGGCAAGUGCAGUGGAGAUGACCAUACCUGGUUUGGACUGGGGAAUGGAUGAAUUGAUGCAGAAAGACCAGAAGAAAGUUCCACAGAAGAAGGUUCCAUAUGCAAAGCCCAUCCCUGCUCAGUUUCAACAAGCAUGGUUGCAGAAUAAAGUACCUCUUAUGCCAUCUUCAGACGUUGUUCCUGAGCGGAAAGAAGAGGUGAAACCUGAUGAGAAGAAAAAGAACCAGGCUGAGAUUGAGCAGGAAAUGGCAGCACUACAGUAUACUAACCCCCAGUUGUUGGAACAACUGAAAAUUGAAAGAAUUGCCCAGAAGCAAGCAGAGGCUCCAGGUCAGGCACAGGGACUUGCUUCUCCUUUGGGCGUACCUCCUCAGGUUCCUUCUGCUUUUCCACCUGGGCCACAGACUCAACCUCCAAUAAGUUUCCAGCAACCUCUUCCACCCCAGCAGAUGACAAUGAACAUGCCACCUGGCCCUCAAGGACAGUUUAGACCACAAGGGCCUCAGCUUUCCGCAGGUCCACAGGCCACUCCAGGUCAUAUGGGUCCUCAAGUGACACCAGGUCCUCUAGGAGUACAGGCCCCUCAUCAUGGCAUGCAAGGUGCACCAGGUCCUCAGGGGCCACGUCCUCCUCAGGAUAUGAGAGUGGCUCCAGAUAUGCAUGGACCUCAGGAUAUCAGGGGUCCCCCAGACUUGCGAGGACCGCCAGAUAUGCGUGGCUCUCAGGAUAUAAGGGGGCCACCAGACAUGCGAGGUCCUCAGGACAUGAGAGGGCCACCUGAUAUGCGUAACUCUAUUGAUAUGCGAGGCCCUUAUGACAUUCGUGGCCCCCCAGAUAUGCGAGGACCUCCAGACAUGCGUGGUCCCCAAGAUAUUCAUGGACCCCAGGAUAUUCAAGCUCCCCCUGAUAUACGUGGUCCCCAGGAUAUGCGAGGUCCUCCAGACAUGCGGGGACCUCCAGAGAUGCGAGGUCCACCUGACAUGCGAGGGCCUCAGGAUAUACGUGGUCCCCCUGAGAUGCGUGGACCUCAGGAUAUGCGUGGUCCCCCUGAGAUGCGAGGUCCACCUGAUAUGCGCGGCCCUCCUGAAAUGCGUGGACCCCAGGAUAUGCGAGGUCCUCCUGACAUAAGAGGACCACCAGAAAUACGUGGGCCACAGGAUAUGAGAGGUGGCCCACAAGAUAUGAGGGGGGGUCCUGAAUUGCGUGGCCCACAAGAUAUGAGGGGUGGUCCUGAAAUGCGUGGUCCACAGGAUAUGAGGGCAGGUCCUGAAAUGCGUGGUCCUGAUGUGCGUGGCCCACAAGAUAUGAGAGGGCCACAUGAUAUGAGGGGCCCUUCUGAUAUGCGAGGACCUCAUGAUCUGAGAGGGCCACCAGAAAUGCGUGGUCAGCAGGAUAUGAGGGUUCCACCAGAGAUGCGAGGACCUCAGGAUAUGAGAAGAUCAAGUGACAUUAGAGGAUCUCAUGACUUGCGCGGCCCCCAACAUAUGAGGGGUACACCAGACUCAAGGGGAUCAUCUGAUAUGCAUGUGUCUCAAGACCUGCGAAGUCCUCAAGAUAUGAGGGGUCCUCAGGAUAUACGUAAUCUUCAAGAGGUUAGAGGACCUCCAGAUAUUAGUGGCCCUCAUGAAAUUAGAGGUCCAAGAGCCGCAGCCCCUGAGGCACACGAGCAUUCUGAUGAGUUCUACGCAGAUGAUCGGUUUGGACCACGUGCACAUGAGUUUGAUAGCAGAAGCGGAGGUCCUGCAUUACCAGAUGACAAAUGGAGGCGAGGAAGUUCUAGCCCACAAUAUCCCACUAAUCAUAGAGAUUACCCUGAGCGAGAAAGAGAUUCAGCCCGAUGGGAGGGGCGGAGGCACUCUGAUGACCAGUAUCCCAGAGAAGAGGAUGUGAGGUUUCGGGGACAAAGAGAUGAAAGGUAA